AUGGCCUCUAAGUUCUGGCCCAAAGGUGGCCUUCCAGGUAUCCUACAUCAUUACACCGAAACCCUCGUAACAUUCGAGUAUACAUCCGGGAGCAUCCCUAAACCCCAUAGUCUUCUCUUCAUAGGAGGACUAGGAGAUGGCCUCGCAACCACAUCAUUCAUGGCCGAUAUAGCCACAGCUUUACAACCAACCCCCUGGUCCCUCUUUUCCCUCAAUCUCUCAUCAUCUUACGCACAAUGGGGAACAUCACAUCUCGAUCGCGAUUCAGACGAAAUAGCAGAAUGUCUCCGCUACAUCCAAGAAUACAAGAGCUCCAAAUAUCCAAACAGCAAAACCAUACUAAUGGGUCAUUCGACCGGUUCUCAACUCGUACUCCACUAUCUCCAUAAACCCAAUCCUCACACCACCACCCCAAUCUUUGAUCCCCAUCUCAAACAUGUCUCGCGUCCGAUCCUCGACGGUGCAAUCAUGCAAGCACCCAUUUCAGAUCGCGAAGCCAUUCAAUCCGUCCUACGAGAUGGACUUGGCAAAAGACCUUCAAGUGAAUGUCAAGCCGCAUUUCGACAAAUCCAAGAAAUAGCAAAAGAUGCAGCCAAACGCGAUCAAUCUAUCGAUAUCAUCCUCCCCAUGUCCCUCACCUCCCAAAUCGGCUACGGUAAUACACCAAUUAGCUGUCGACGGUUCAUGAGUCUCGCCAGUCCCAAAAGUCCCCAACAGCCUGAGGAAGAUGAUUUAUUCAGCUCGGAUCUGAGUGAUGAGCAAUUGGCAAGAACUUUCGGGAUUAUUAAAGAAAGGGGUUUGUUGAGGGAUAAACUUGUUAUUUUUUAUUCUGGGGCUGAUCAGGCGGUGCCGGAUUGGGUGGAUAAGGAAAAGUUACUUAAGAGGUGGAAGGAUGCUGCGGAUCAUGGGGGAAGAGAGAGUGUUUGGGAUGAUGAGUUUACGGCUAUUAUUCCAGGGGCGAGUCAUGCGUUGAGUAAUGAUGAUCAGGCGGGUCCGAGGAAGUUUUUGUGUGAGAGGUUGAUGGGUAAAUAA